GUAGCAGUUAGUGCUAAGAGGAGCGAGUUAUAGGCAGAGCAGCCGACUCAGCGAAUGACAACACCGCCAUGUCAACAACCGCACCAGUUGAUUGAGAAAGUCGUGACUCAUGUAUUAAUUAAUUCAUUUCAUUCUCUCAGUGUCAUUGUUACUGUGCACCUCUACUUCGGUCCCACACCACCUCCUACACCAGGGCACCUACUUUACAGUACUAGACUCAAGGUCACAAGACCUGUAAAUAAGAGAAAGUUUCAAUCAACUAAGUAACUGAGGCAGCUGGUGAGAAGAUUCUAUCUUCAAGAUGUCUUUAGCAUCACAAAGUGCACCAGUACUCUCUAGGAUUGUGUCGUUAUCUGUAGCUAUUGCAAAUCAUGCUGGCAAAAUCAUCCGAGACGUCUUGAAGAAAGGGGAGUUGGGCAUCGUUCAGAAAGAGAAUGCUCGGGACCUCCAGACCGAGGCAGACAGAGCAGCUCAGAGGUGUAUCAUCAGCUCCCUCAGUCAGUGCUUCCCAAAAAUCACCAUCAUAGGGGAAGAAGGAGAUGAAGAAUCAAAGCAGAUUAGUGGUAAGGUCUAUGAUCCCACACCUGAAAGUACGAUACAAGUCACCUGCCCACCGCACUUGGCCUCACUGGGAGAAGAAGAGAUUGUUGUGUGGGUGGACCCUUUAGAUGGUACUGCUGAGUAUACACAAGGUAAUAGUCUGACCUUAUAAACACCUCUUAGAACUCUCGCAGUUUAUCUUCUCCAGAUCUAUAUAAAUUGUACAUCUUAAUAUUUUUGGCAGACCUUUUUGUGAAAUCUGUCUGUCUGUCUGUCUGUCAUUACCCAAAGAAUCAACAUCACCUCAGGUUCAUGAAUAUCAUACAAAGUUCAUUAGAUUAUACUGUAAUGUAAAUUUACUUAGACAAGUAUUAAUUGCUGGUCUUUGAUACAUAUUACUGUGAGUACAAUGAGUACUGUACUGUAAGGGGUUUAAACUCUUAUGCUUUAAAGUUGUGAAUCUUGUGUUGUCCAUAGCCUCAGGAUCUCCGUUAUUUAUUAUGUACAGUAUUGUGUGUUGUCUUAUUCAGUGAUGCUUCUUUGUUUCAAGGGAUAGCUUCGGGGAGAAGUUUUCAAAUUUUACCAGGCCGUGAAAUUGUCAUUUGUAUGUAUCUCCAUGAAACCCUAGUGUAUACGUGUCUUUUACAGAUUUCCCCGUUUCUUCGUACGAUGUAGCAAAUAUCUUCGAAUUCAGUGGUCUGGGUUUUAUAAAAGAUACAGUUUUGAAUACUUCAUUGCAUACAUCUUUUAAUUAUUGCAGUGUAAGUGUGUGGUGGUGAUGAAGACAGCUGUGAUUAUGUUUAAUGAAUGGAGGUCUAUUUUUAUGCUUUCC